AUGAAGUUUUCGUCGUUCAUUCUUUACUUUCCGCUUUUGUGUACGAGUGCCCUGGCAUUUCCAACUCUAAAUGCUUCGCCAAAAUCUUUUGAGAGAGCCCCGGGAGACAGCUGGUACGAGAAUUUGAAGAGACAAGUUGAGAAUCACCCGGAAGUCAAAAAAAGAUUGUUGGUUGAUUUUUUGACCACUCCCAUCGAUGUCACUGGAGACCAUGUAUUUGUUCCACCUGACUUCGACAAUGGGGACCAGCGAGGCCCAUGUCCAGGAUUGAAUAUGCUCGCAAACCAUGACUACAUUCCUCACAAUGGUGUCGCUUCAAUGGUAGAGAUCAUCGCUGGUGUAAAUUCCGUAUUCGGAAUGGGAAUCGAGCUCAUCACCGUCCUGGCUGUAAUGGGAACGGUCGGUGUCGGCGACCCUAUCUCACUAAAUCCCGGGUUUUCGAUUGGAGGCUACACUCCGAAAGUCUCUAACAUUCUUGAUAAUCUUGACGGUCUUUUGGGAACACCUCGUGGUCUUGACAGCUCUCACAAUUGGAUCGAAGCAGAUUCCUCGAAUACCCGAGACGACUUGUAUGUGACAGGAGACGCAUCAACAAUGAACAUGACUCUGUUCUUACAAGUCGCCAAUGGAUCCGAUUCUGAAGUCAUCACAAUGGAAGAUAUUGGAAAACGCGCUGCCGAACGUCUCGAAGUCAGCAUAGCUACCAACCCUUAUUUUUACUACGGACCCUACACCGGCAUGAUUGCACGAAAUGCUGGAUAUGCAUUCUCUGGUCGCCUUUUGAGUAACCACACCACCGAGAAUCCGGACGGAAUUAUGACUCAAGGAUUAAUGCGCACCAUGUUCGGCGUUUACUCUGAGAAUGGAACAUAUGUAUACAAGAAAGGCUGUGAGCAAAUACCCUCCAAUUGGUACCGCAUCCCUGUCGACUACGGAUUAGUACAACUCAACCUGGAUAUUGUUGCUUGGAUGGUAGCAAACCCAACACUAGCAAGUGUUGGAGGCAAUACCGGUAAAGUAAAUACUUUCACAGGUCUUGAUAUCAGUAAUGUCACCGGUGGCGUUCUCAAUGUCGAGACCCUUUUGGAGGGCAAUAAUUUGAUGUGCUUUGCCCUUGAAGUUGUCAAGACAUUUGGGCCCAAUUCUCUUUCGCCUUUGUUUGCUACAGUCGCCGUACCCUUGCAAUUAUUGACCGAUGCUCUUGAUACAUCAAUCUUGGAUCUCGCUGGGUGUCCAGCCUUUGCCGAUUUAAGUAUGGAUGGAAAAUCAUUGUUUGAAGGACUUCAGGAUACUUAUCCAGGCGCUGCGAAAAGUGGUGUCGCGUUUUAA